AUGGCAGAUCCAAUUCAAAAACUUAAAAAUGAUAUAGCUUUAAAGAAUGUAAUGAUAUUUAUUGGUAAAGGUAUAUCGAUCUAUACAACAAACGGUGAACAAAGAGUACUGGACUGGAAAGGAUUACUAAAUCAUGGACUACAACAAUGUUAUCAAUCAGAAUGGAUAAGCAACGAAGAAUUCGAAGGUUUCAAUACAAAGCUGAACAGCAAUACGACAGAACUUGAUGACUAUUUAUUUGUUGGCGACCAAAUUAAGUCUUCUUUUCCAAUGAACACUGAUGAAACAAAUGAUGAUCUUUAUAAAAUAUGGUUAAGAGAAACUCUAGGACAUUUAUCAGCUAACAGAUUGGAACUUAUUAAAGUUAUAGGAGAGUGUGGAUGUCUAAUUUUAACAACAAACUAUGACUUAUUGCUUGAAGAUGUACUUGACAAAAAAGUAUUAGCUUGGACUGAAUACUGCACUAAAGGUAUUGAUGAUUUGUCAGAAAAUUUGAAAAAAUGGUAUUCUACACGUAUACGAACAUGUUGA